AUGAAUUCCCUACGCUCACAGGCCUUUCGGGCCUCGAGACGGAAUCACGUCGUCUUCCCCUCGCCAUUGAAGUCGCAGACUCGACGUUUCCACCCGACCAAGCCAGCCCAGAGUCUCAACGAUAUACUAGACAUUACUGCCGGCUUCAUCCACAGCGUUCACUCCGUUUCCCACUUGCCAUGGGUCGCCUCAAUUCCUCUUACAGCGCUCACCGUACGAACAUUUGUCGGUCUCCCCCUCCAAAUCUACACAAAGUCCCACGCGCGCAGGGAGAAAGAAAUGCAACCGAUACUCGCCAGCUGGACCGCUCUUUAUCUCAAGCAAAUGAAGACUGGGCUCUUAUCAAAUUCCGCGGCUCGAAAACGAAUUACACACAAACAGACCACCCUACGAGGGAAAUGGGGUGUUGGUCCUUUCUACCGCUGGGCCAAUAUUUCCCAGGUACCGGUCUGGAUCGCACUCAUGGAAAGUCUGCGCGGCAUGUGCGGUAACAAAAACGGAAUAGUUCCAUGGCUCCUGUCAAUAAUAUCAGGUGCAGAUACGACCGUCGGCUCCGAGGUGCCAUUACACUUAAAGGUGGAAUCGACGUUCGCGAACGAAGGGGCUCUCUGGUUCCCGGAUCUGUUGGCGGGCGACUCGACGGGCGUUCUGCCUGCUAUACUAACCGCUUCAAUUAUCCUGAAUGUUCGCAAUGGAUGGAAGGCUACGCCACGUUCAGAGCUUGCGGACAUGCCCAAAUUGCAAAUGUUCCAAGCAUCUUUCUUCAGCGGUCUCCGUGUCUUUAUCCAGAUUCUCGCCGUGAAUGUCGGACUCUCGGGGUAUUUCUAUGAAAUGCCGGCUGCGCUGAUGAUCUAUUGGAUUACCAGUACCAAUAUUGCGACUCUGCAGACUUGGUUCUUGGACAAGUAUAUGUUCACCAGGCCGCCCAUUUCGGCGUGGUCUGAGAGGUUUACGGCUUACAACUCGCCUACCACGUCUGAUCCCUUCAUGAAGAAGUUGCUGUGA